AUGAGGGUAAUCAUUGAGGAACAGGAUAGGAUUUCAGAAUGUAUUGUGGAAUACUAUAAAGAACUGAUUGGAAAGUAUAAAAAUAGAAGAGGAAAUAUGGAGUGUGAAGUCAUGGAGGAUGGAAGUAUAGUAACAGAUGAUGAUAGACUAAAGCUAUGUGAGGAGGUCACUGAUGUUGAAGUCAAGGAAGCAAUGUUUGGGAUUGAUUCAGAGAAGGCCCCUGGAGCUGAUGGUUACACUAGCCUCUUUUCAAAAGAGCUAGACAAUUUAAAUGCUGAAAUGUUGAAUGAUUAUAAACCAAUAUCCCUCUGUAAUGUAGUUUAUAAAUGCAUUACCAAAAUCAUUGCUAAGAGAUUAAGUAGUUGUUUGGGAUCUCUUGUUAGAAAUUCACAAUCUACCUUUGUCCUUGGGAGGAAAAUUAGUGAUAAUGUACUUCUUGCUCAUGAACUAUUUAUUAGGUGGAUUAUGGUCUGUGUGAGAACACCUACAUUUUCCAUAAUGAUCAAUGGAAAACCUGAGGGAUACUUUCCAGGUGCUUGUGGAGUUAGGCAGGGUGAUCCCAUGUUCCCAUUAUUGUUUGUGUUAGUAAUGGAAUAUCUAUCCAGAGCUCUGAAUAAAAUUUGUGAUGAAAGCUUUGGCUACCACUUUGGGUGUAACGAGAUGAGGAUAAAGCAUCUUUGCUUUGCAGAUGAUCUGUUCAUAUUCUGUAAAGGCAAUUUGACUAGUGUGAAACAAAUUACUAGAGUCCUACAACAUUUUCAUGGUGUAACUAGGCUAAAGAUGAAUGAAAACAAGAGCAGUAUCUACUUUAGUGGAGUUGAGGAGGGGAGCAAAGCUAGUAUUCUGCAGGAGAUGGGCUUUUCUGUAGGGUUUCUACCUAUUAGAUACUUGGGUGUUCCUCUGAUUAGUAAGAGACUCACUAAAGAAGACUGUAGUGAAUUAACUGAGAAAAUUACCAAAAGGGUAUCACACUGGACUGUGAGGCAUUUAACAUAUGCUGGCAGACUUCAACUUGUGAAUGAUGUUUUGUUUAGCAUGCAGGUUUACUGGAGCUCAAUGUUCAUGCUUACACUGUCUGUUACUAGGAAUGUGGAGAAAAUUUGCAGGACGUUUUUGUGGAAGGGGUCAGUAGAAUACAAAAAUGGUAGUUUAGUAGCUUGGGAUAAAGUUUGUAAGAAGAAGUGUGAGGGAGGUUUGAGAAUCAAAAAUAUGGUACUCUGGAAUAGAGUAGCUAUUAUGAAACAUGUCUGGGUAUUAAUAAGUCUUUGUAGGCUAAGUGGGUCAUCAGGAAUAAGCUUAAAUUGCUUAGCUUCUAGGGAAUAA